AUGAGAUUUUUAUAUCUCCUGUCAUCCUGCGUCACUGUGGCUGGCCUUGCGGUACCAAAACUCAACAAUGCCAUAUCAGUCCGUGCACCGGGUCACUUGGCCGCAACGGGUAGCGUUGUUUACGACAAAGAUGGAAUCCUGUCUCGCGAUUCGAGCGCAGCUUGGACAGAGGCUGAGAAGGUCGUCGGCACUCUUCGCCACAACACACACUACUACUUUAUGUCCUGUAACAAGGCAUACCCUGGUCAAAAGGGUAUGACACCGAGUCAACAGUACACUAUCGAUCAGACAGGCUGCCUCCACGUGGGUCUCAUCAUCGGCAAAACCGCCUUUCGCCAGAAUAAAUUUACGGCUAGCUACUUGCACGUAAGACGUCUGGCAGACAACCCCAACUCCUGGACUCAGACAUCCCAUGACUGGGAUGAAGUGAAGCGUAUGCAACGUAUCGAUUAUGGAGGUACUACAACCUCUUCCAAAGGCAACAUUGACAGAGUCAUGAGAAAUGGCAAGUUCACGUCUUAA